AGUAGGACUAAGGGUGGUGGUUGUGGUGGGAUUGAGGUAGGGCGGGUAGUACAUAUAUGUAUAUCUGUCCUGCUUCCUUCGUUCCUUCUAUACGGCUUACUUCGCGAUUAUCUGCUUGCUUCCUUCGAUCCUGCGAUUUUUGACGUGCUGUGAGGUGGGAUUGUGCGGUUAUUCGACGACGAUAUAUUAUUCGACGACGAUAUACGACACGACGAUAUACGACAAGGAGCGAGCAGAGAGGUGCCGGCUGAUAGGACGGAUACGGGAAAACUGCCGCUGCUGCUGACCUGAUUAUUUGUGAAACCCGAGGUGAGGUGGGAGUGCACGAGCCUGCUGAGACGGGGUCGACGACGACGACGAAGGCGUGGUGGAGAGGGGUAUAUUGGGAUAUUAUAUUAUAGGCUGCGGUUCGGUUGUGUGAGUUGAGACGGAUUGGAAAAGACGAAGGAUUGAGUGAGGAUUGGGAGGAUUGAGAAGAAUAAGGGCAAGGAAGGAAUUGAUUGGGUGACUUGGACGACUUACGAAGUACAAGCUGUUUGAGCAAGCCAUUGAGCAAGACCAUCUACGAACUACAAGACAUUGUUCAUCGACGACUAUCAAUCACCAAGGCAUUGGUUGACGACUCCAAACAUCAAAGAGGCCAUUCGCCCGACUUCUAGACACCAACAAGGCAUUGGCCAAAGGCAACCUACUACAUCAACCAACCUCACCUCCUCCACUUCGCACAGGCCACUAUGCCAUCCCUCCUCAUCUACGCCGCAACGGCCCUCGUCACCUACAUCGGCUACGUCCAGCUCCACGCCCUCUUCCAGACCGUCGUGCGGAAGGGGCCGCCGGUGGCGGCGAACUCGUGGUGGGCGUAUCUGAGCGGGAAGAGCGUGUCGGGGAGUGUGCUACUUGAGGAGUUUUAUGAGAAGUACUCAAAAAACAAUGAACCCUUCAUGGCCGGCGGGCACUACGUCCUCCCCCCCUCCGUCUUCGCAGCAAUACGCAAAGUCCCAGACAGCAUCGCAAACUCCACACCCGCAAAUGAAGACGGCCUCGUCCUCGAGCCCUUCCUCGGCCACGACAACACCGACAUAAUCCACCUCGUCCGCACCACUCUCACCCGCUCCGUCGACGCCAUGAUCGCCCCCCUGCAAGACGAAAUCCACACCAGUCUCUCUGCCUUCCUCCCCCCCGGCCCCCCCACCCUCCUCCCAGGCGACGAAGAAUGGUACCCCCUAACCGUGCACCCCUCGACCCUCACCGCCAUCGGGCGCAUCACAACCCGCAUCCUCGUCGGGUCAAAAUACACCACCCUCCCCGCCUGGACCGACACCUUGGCGGGGUUCGCAAACGGUAUCAUAAUCCAAUCCAUCCUCCUCAAAAACCUCUGGCGCCCCCUCGUCCCCUGGAUCGCACCACUCUUCAACACCACCCGCCGCGUCGCCAAGCUUCGCGCCUUGAUCCUCCCCGAUGUGCGCGAGCUGCUCGCGAACCCGCCGACGCCGGGGACGUAUCCGGAUGGCGAACCGACUGUCCUGCCUAUGAUGGUGAAUUAUGUCUUAUCCCGCCCCGGUUAUGCCGAGGCGAAGGAAUCAGAGGUGCUUACGGGGGUUAUUGGACGGCUUCUUGAUUUCUCCUUCGCGGCCGUGGAUACGACUACCAUCACCCUAACGCACUGCAUCCACGACCUCGUCUCUCACCCCCCCUCUCUCUACGCUUCCCCGAUCCUCGAACAAGCCCGCGCGGUGCUAGCCGCUAACGACGGGGUAUGGACGACGCAAGCGCUCUCCGCGCUCCCCCUUCUCGACUCAUUCAUCAAGGAGUCGCAGAGGUUGCAUCCGAUUGGGCAGUUGUUGAGUCAGCGGAAGGUGCUUGAUCCGAAGGGGUUGAUGUUGAUGCCGUCGGAGGGGUUUGAGGGGGCGAAACCGGUGUACUUACCGUAUGGGGCGGUGACGCAGAUGCCGUUGGUGGGGGUGCAUAUGGAUGGCGGGUUUUAUGAGGAUGCGAGGGAAUUCAGGGGAUUUAGGUUUGCGGAGGAUAAGGUGGCGAGGAGUCAGCCUAGUGAUCGGUUUAUGAGUUUUGGUCAUGGCAAACAUGCGUGUCCCGGAAGACAUCUGGCGCUGGUGGUGGUGAAGCUCUUUUUGCUGGAGUUUUUGGAGAGGUUUGAGUUUAAGGAGGUGGAGAGGCCGAAGGAUUGGCAGCUGGGGUUUAUGUUUAAUGCGGUGCCGGAUAUGAAGACGAAUGUUUGGAUUCGGCCGAGGAGGGAGGAGGAGGUGGAAGUUGAGGCGUGAUGUGGAAUGGAAUGGGAUGGUGGAAGUAAUCCGGGUGUAUUGGGAUGGAACAGUACAAAGCCUGCCUCAGAACCAGAAGGGGCCUGGUUGGUGUUGACAAAACGUCCAACGUGGCGAUGAAGGAGUGGUCGCCGGAGUUACAAGAGACGCGCAAGCGGAAAGCAAUUAUACGAAUUUAUGAUUGAGAUGCGGUGCCAAGUCUAUCCACCCAACCCAGUCUAUCCCGAUCUUUCUACAUCACCACCGCACUACCCCCUAUAUCAAUUUUCCUAUCCAACUACACACAAUCUACCUAUACUCCGCCAUAAACCCCUCA